AUUUCGUUACUGUUCGAUGAAGGUUUGUAUCUGGUCGUUUCGUUUGAUAAAUACUUCCUCUAAGGAGUCUAAGAGCUGAUUUCCACCAUGGCAAUGCAAGAUGUCAUUAAUAAGAUGAAGGGAACUGCGCUUGGUGUAGCAGAAUAUCUCACUCCAGUUUUAAAGGUACGAUCGCGUUCUUUGUGUGCAUGAGCGUGCAUCUGCCCCGUAAGUGGAUAUGACCUUGAGGUUUAACACGUUUCCGAUCUAUCAACACAGGAGUCAAAGUUUCAAGAAACUGGAGUCAUUACUCCUGAGGAAGUAAGUAUAUAGUAUUUUCAUUUCAGUACAGUUUGAUCUAGAUUGGAAUCGCUCACGAAAUGGGAGGGCUGGCACGGGAAACGGGAAUGGUAUCACUUUCGAAUCUUUCGAUUUCUAUUGCUUACAGCAGUGCUUUAAGCUUAAAUACUACACCAAAAUAAACAUGUUAUCAUUCAUGUCAAUUGUCAGCUAGAAGCCACUCUUAAUUUAGCCACCUUUUCAUGCAUAAUCACAGUUAUAAGUUUUCUGGUAAAUUUUAGUUUAGAAAAACCGUAGCCCCUGACAAACUAGAAAUAGAUUUAAUACUCAACUGUCUGGAAUCCCCGGGGGGGGGGGGAGGGGGUACUCCUGGGAAUUCUUGGUGGGGGGGUGCCACCCGCUUCUUCAAAUCUUGACCCGUUUUCAUACCGUUUAAAAUUAAUUUAAAACGUUUAAUUAUCCACACCUGUUUUCAGACUAGACCUCUAAAAUCCAUACCUGUUUUCAGACCUGACCUUGAGGCAGAAAUUAUGUUGUCAUCACUUAGAUUAGGGCAAAAACAUAAAAACUAUUCGAAUUCAUUUUGAACUUGCAUAUUUCUCUUUNGCCCCCCCCCCCCCCCCCCGGCCUGGAAUUUACUCUGACUAUUUUGCUGUUUUUACUCCUUUGCAGUUUGUGGCGGCAGGAGACCAUUUAGUCCAUCACUGUCCAACAUGGAAAUGGUGUGUACUUAUUCUCUAGGUGCUAUUACUUAAGGCAGAAAUAGUACUUUAAUUAAAGCAUUUUUAAAUUGUGGAUUAUGUGUAGCGUAAGGAACAUGUUAUUGUGGGCACUGCGAUAUGCAAAUGUGUCCCUCAGAUGUAGAUAUCUUUCAUAAAUCAGUCAGCUCCGCACGAAAGCACCCGAUGUCAAAACGACAACUGUCAUAGAUCGUUCCUGUUCCACAAUGUGCUGAUUUUGUGCAUUUCGAGGAGUCACAUAUUCAUAUGCACUUUGAAUGUUUCAACUUAGCACUAUGGCAAACGUUGAGACAGAAGUUUAUGAAUUUUUGAAGCUUUUUGACUCAUCCAGGAGAUAAACAUGACGAAGAGAUCAGCAGUUUAUUACUCUUCAACUCCCAAGCUGGUCCAAGCUCACGAUUCUGCCAUGAGUCUCAUGAUUUUUAAAGUUUUCUUACAACAAGAGUCCCAGUCACAUGUUUUUUAGGUGAAAUGUCAUUCUGAAAUGAAAAGUUUCUUGGUUCAAUAAAAACGGAAAUGUUUACUGUUGCUGAAUCGUACAGUGUAAUAAUUGGUUCUCCUCUUGUAAACGCUGAGAAUCACAAGCUGCAAGAGACUUUGCAACAGUUUUACGAAACACUUGUCUGCCAUAUGUUCUUCAAAUGUGACGAAAUGAGUUAAAGUACGUCUUUAAUCAUGCUUGUUUUCCCUGAAUAUAUCUUUCAAUUCUCCGUAAAUAAAGCUCUGCCAGCUUCAAACAGCAUAGAGCGGUAGAAUUUCAUGAGCAAAAGUGUUAAAGCUGAUCAAUUUAACGGAAAUCUUCAAUAUUAGUUGUUGAGGUGCAAUAGAUUAAAAGCAUUGACCUUACACGUCGGAGGUCCGGGUUUCGACUCUCGCUGUCGUAAAUUUUUUUCUUUUUUUGGCCCUUUUGUUUUGUUUUUGUUUUUUCGUAAAACAUAUUUUCAUUUUUUGACAGACUUAAAAUAUACUGGUAGACUAAUUGCAGGUUCUUUAUCUUGUUUCAUAUCUAAAAUACAGUAAUUUAAUAAGAAUCUGCAAGUUAGCCUUAGGCACCCUUUGAUUUGAUUCUAUGACUUGUUUGAUUCAUACUGUUGGGAUCAACAAACGUCCUGUGUUAUGUUUUGUUUCAAGGGACUCAGGGCCUGAUGAGACGAAAAUAAAGGGUUAUCUUCCUAAAGACAAGCAGUUCUUGUAUACAAAAAAUGGUGAGCACCUUUAACACUACAGGGCUUCUGAUAGGUCGCGGAAAAAAAAGUCCAAUUUUGCGGAAUUUAUAGGACAAAAUUGCCCAAAAAUCGGCUGAUUUUGCGGGAAUUUUCAGUGCAAACUUGGCUGGAAAGCAAUCGGUAAAAAAACAACGGAUUUAGUGGUUAUUUUCAGGGCAAAUUUCGCUAGAAAUCGAUUGGUUUUGUGCUGAUCAGACAAGCAUUUUUAAUGUUUUUCUAACAGAGGUCGUCAUUUUCUCUUUCAACAACAACACGCUCCAGAAAUGAACCAAUGGCAAAGCCUUUAACAUCAUGGCUAGUGCCCAGUUUUUUGCAACAUAAUGUACACCUGGUAGUUUUGGGACAUUGUUUGCACAUUUCAGUGACGAAGUUUUGGGAUAAAUUUGCAAGUUUAUGGCGAGUAAAUAGCCCCAGACUAGCUGAUACAAGUUUCAAAAAUGCUGUACAGACAUGUAUUUGAUAAGAUUUCUACUGAAUUUCGCAGUAUUUUGUGUAUUUUUGUGAAUUUUGCGGGAUUUCGCGGAUUUACCUGAAUUUCGCGGCUCUGUGACUGCGCAAAAUAUCAGAAGCCCUGACACUAUGAAUUCUUCAUCAGUAAUCUAUCUUCAGUUGAUUGUUCUGUGGGAAAAAUGGACGGAAGCAUUACUGGUUGAAGGAGCAAAGUCCUGGUUGCUGUGAUAUAGAGCAUACAGUCAACUCUCUCCAAGUCGCACACCUCUGGGACCGGCACUAAGUGUCUGUCUUAGAGAGAUGUCCGUCUUAUAAAGAGUCAAAUAAAGGGAAUAAACAAAGGCAGGGACCAACUUUAGGUGUCCGUUUUACAGAGGUGUCCGUCUAAUAGAGGUGUCCGUUAAGAGAGAGUCGACUGUAUUUCUUUAGUUAAUAGUUCGAGAUUCAAAUUUGGUAUGUGGCCUUUUCCUACUUUUGUUUAAGCCUGCAUGUAUCACAGGCUUCAUGAAAUUAUCUUACAAGCUGAGGACAAACACUGCAGACAACUGAAGGAUCUUUUAGCAAGCCAAUCAAUGUUUUUUUUGGUCAACCCAUAAGUGAUUAGCUAAAAUGCAAAUUGCAUUGGUUACCUAAUUGGAAAUGGUCGCUUAUGAGAAUCGAUAGACAUGGGGUCCCUUGGGGUCCCUUCUGAGAAGAGGUCUUGACCCAUCUUCUUUUUGGAAGAGAAUUUAUUGCAUGCAAUUUCUAAGUUACAUUAUGGAUCCAUGUUGACAGUAAAAGUUCUUUGUAUCGGUGUGUGUAGUAUGUACAGAAAACAAAGAGAUCAGCCCAUGAAGAGCGAUGAAAGUGGUAAAUUAUAAAACUCACCCCAAAAAGUAGCUGCAGUUGCUUCAGGGAGGACAGAUGGUCAUUUAAAAGAGGUUAUUAUUAUAGGGCUAGGAAAAUAUUGGCAUUUACGAUUGGUGGUUGCUCAUAGGGGGUAGUCAUUGAGUUGUUGUUGCACAUGGAGGUUCGGCUGUGCCUGUAAUUGGCCAUUAGAAGGUACUCAGCACCUCAUCUAAGCUUCUUUUGACCUCAUUCACAGUUCCCUGCUACAAGCGAUGUAAAGAAAUGGAGCAUCAAGAGGAAAAUGAAGCUAUUGUUGAACCUGAUGAAGAUGGUGGGUGGGUGGACACCCACCAUCAUGUGGAUCCAAGUGGUGAUCAGGCUACUGCUGGUGCUCAGGAGUCCUUCUCGGAAAUGACUUUAGAUUCUGACAAGGUAAGGAUAGACGAUCAUGUCAAUUAGGCUAUUGUUGAACCUGAUGAAGAUGGUGGGUGGGUCGACACCCGCCAUCAUGUAGAUCCAAGUGGUGAUCAGGCUACUACAGGUGUGCAGGAGUCAUUGUCAAAAAUGACUUUAAAUUCUGACAAGGUAAGGAUAGACAGUCAUGUAAAUGAGGCUAUUGUUGAACCUGAUGAAGAUGGUGGAUGGGUGGACACCCACCAUCAUGUGGAUCCAAGUGGUGAUCAGGCUACUGUGGGUACACUGGAGUCAUUCUCAGAAAUGAUUUUAGAUUCUGACAAGGUAAGGAUCGACAGUCAUGUAAAUGAGCCUAUUGUUGAACCUGAUAAGGUGGUGGGUGGGUGAACGCACACCAUCUUGUGGACUUAAGUGGUGAUCAGGCUUCUGCAGGUGCUCAGGAGUCAUUUUCAAGAAAUGACACUAGAUUCUGACAAGGUAAGGGAAGAGUUAUUUUCUGAGGAAGCCCUCCAUUUGGGGAAGUUGUGGGAAAUUGCAGGAAACCUCAAAGUGUGAAAACUGUCACCAGAAACAAGAAAUGUGUCAGUUGCUUUUCAGUUACGCUCAAUGUGCCAGUUAUACAUUUAAUUUAGCGUUCCAAAAGGAGCAAAAAAAUACAAUUGCGUACGAAAACAAGACUGCUAAAAGAAGAUUGGAGAGCUUGCUCGUAAGUUAGGGAAGAGGCUCAUGCACUGUUCAGGUAAUUUAGACUUGCAGAUGGUUUCACUCACAAAAUGGUGUAACAACAGGUGGAAAAUAACCAUUCCAGAGCAUAAUAGCUGACCACUGGGAAAGCUGGGAAAAACCCAUAAAAAUAAUUUUGCAGUUCAUUUGCCAUGGGUAGAUGCCUUAUUUUACAGUGUAUCAUCAAUGCAGUCACUUCGUUUGCCCCUCAGUCACUAAAAGGGAAAAAGAUGCUGAGUCACGCAAGUCGGAAGCUCUUCUCUUUAAAAUCCUUGUUCACAGAUAGUCACUUACUUGACUGUAGAACACUGACAUUGCUCAAUCAGAAGUAGCUUUUUAUUACCAUGUUUGAAUCUAUGUUCACAGGCAGCAAAGGACAUGACGCCAGCAGAUGAUGAUGACGAUGAGGAAGAUGAUGAAGAAGAAGCAGUUGAUAUGGAAGGUAAAAAAAAAAUACUUCUAGGUAUAAAGAACAACUUUAUAUUGAUGUAGAGAAUAUUAAUUAUAAUGGCUUUAAAGUGGGCAUUUGUUUGCAUUUGCAUUUGUUGUCUCCCUGGCCAAUCGUUCGCACACAUAGUUAAAAAAAGAAAAUUAAAUUCAUGAGAUAGACACAGUAUAGCUGUAGUACAAAUUACAGAAACACUCGAAUAGCCAGAAAUAAAUGUAACUAACUUCACUCAUUCUUUUUAAAUUUUCAGCUUUUGCAGAAAGUGGGAUGCUAGAAAGUGAUGAGGUACUUUAAUUCCUUUAGCAUUGUUUGUUUGAAAACAGUUUUCAAGUCAGGUAUUAAAAAUCAUUCAUUUUAUUUUCUUGUUUAGGCCACUUUAUCAAUUAAACCAGCAUCCAAAACUGAGACAGGAGAUGGUGCUGUGGAUGCAAGUGCUUCUGGUGGGAUUCUUCAAACAAGAACCUAUGACAUGUACAUUACUUAUGACAAAUAUUAUCAGACUCCAAGGUUAUGGCUGUUUGGCUAUAAUGAGGUAAUAAUGUUUUUAAGUGACUCCAGGAGUACCCUUAACAGGAUCUGUGCUGCAGCUUGAACGACAUUUCUACGCUGCCAUGUCAACAAUGUUCUUUGACCUAAAAAAGUACCCCAGGCAAGUGACAUCUUUGGAAUGACCUCAGACUUAGAGUCGUCCUGCACUUUCCAUUUGUCAGGACUGCCUGGCCAGACCUUUUUCUUUGUAAUGAGAAUGUCACUUAUAAUCGGAACUGUUUUGUGUUCAGCCAGAUCAGUAUUAAUGAAGGAUGUGUCUGAGGAUCGUUAGGAAAAACUAUGAAGCCCUGAAAGAAUAAAAUAAGAGAAUGACACACAAGUUGAAAUAUUUAAUACAACAAACCUGGGUGGCCAUGAAGCCUGAAUUUAGCAAUUCCUUUUUAAAAGCAGUGCAAGUGUUGAGGAAAAAUGUGCCUUUAUUAUUUUAUGUUUGUUUUUAGAACCGCCAACCAUUAACUGUAGAGGAAAUGUAUGAAGACAUGAGUCAGGUAAACCACUUAAUACAAUGUAGUUUUCAGGGGUUUCAGUAAGCACGUGUUUCUUACAUUGCUCCUUUGUUCCCUAAAGAAGAAGCAACUAGUUUUAAGAUCUUUUAAUAACAUCGUAAAUAAAUAAUAUAUCAUUAAUUAAAAUGUGAUGGAAGUGUCAUUAUAUGUUUUCACGGGCCUAUUAUGUGAACGCUGUAGUUCAGUCAAUUUUUCACAUAAUAUACUCAUGCAUAUUUCAUUAUAGGUUUGUGCAGAAUUUGUUCAUGUGCAAAUGUACGUUAUGUGAUUAUUUUCAUUUGUUCAUUACCUGAAGGAGUUGAUUCAGUGGCUAAUAAAUUGAAACUUGAAUCAAACCAGUCAGUUGUGUUUUGUUAAUUAUUAUCUGAAAGACUCUUGGAAACCUCAAUUUUUUCAGCAGUUUCCCGGGCCUGGUGUAUGUCUAGGUUGUGCACGUGAGAGGCCCUGCCAGGGUAAAUUCCGACAAGCUACGUGGCCCAAAAAGUAGCAACAGUACUUAAAAUGAAAUCGCGACAAGAGACAACCUCCCUCGGCCAAAUUGAGACAGUGACGGCAAAGCUGACAAUAAGUGACAAGCAUUUAUAACCACCAACACGAGAUGUUUUAAAAUUCAGAUGGGCGACAUGGACCCCCCACCCCCCCCCCUGGCAGGGCCUCACUUGAACAAUUUUGGGUAAUACAUAGACCUGCACAAAAGGCAGGUCACACGUCACAGGUCACAAGUGCUGGCUAGGGUACUCUAAUAUGGUAAAUAAACAACACUCCCAGCCCUAAUCAAAAUCCUAAAUAGAGUUUUAGCUUAUCCGUGGGGAUAGUGACCUAGUGCACAAGUGAACUGUGACCUUUGUUUUGUACCUUCCAUUAUAAUUACCUUGGACUCAACCAGUUGUAACUCAAAAGGCUUUGCUAACUUCCACUGGGUUAACUGGGUAAUUCUAUAUUGGUAACAAUAAUGGAACAAUAAUGGGUAACUAAUUUAUACCCAUGUUGUUUGCAAUAACUUGGUUUUAGGAUCAUGCUAAGAAGACUGUUACAGUGGAAGCACACCCACAUUUGCCAAUGACAAUGGCAUCUGUUCAUCCUUGCAGGUAAGCCACCCUUUCACUUCCAAAGGUAGCGAAAGUCAAACUGGACUAAACGUUAUGGAAUGGUCACACCACAGACUCAAAAGUUAGAACUCCAUACUAAAUAAAUAGUACCAUGUGAAAGUACUGCUGAAGAGGUUUCAUUUGAAUGGUAACACCAUAGAAUUUCAUCCACAGACUCAAAAGUGAGAACUACAUACUAAAUAAAUAGUACCAUGUGUACUGCUAAAGGGGUUUCGUUUGGAUUGUCGCACCAUAGAAUUUCAUCCAUAGACUCAAAACUUCAAGGCAACCCAAAAAACUCCAUCAUUCAUCCGGGAAGAGAAAGGCUUAAACAUGAUUUAAUUAUACUGUAUAUUGUGGUUCAGUUUUAUUCUUGGUUCAAAUUUUAUUUUUCCAUGAUAAUGAGUCUGAGCUACAUGUAUGGGUGACUCACGUGGCGAGCAGGUCGUAGGUUUUGGGGUAGCCACAGAACUUCGCAUCUCGCGAGUACGUAGGACUAGAGAAAAGCAACACACUGACUUACUUGCACCACGCAAGCACCUUAACUGGGAGAAAGUCUGAACCAAUAAUUAAAAUGAACGAUAACAAUCUAUUGUUUGCAUGUUGGGUGGCCUGUGCGCGGACGUUUUAUUCACCUCUAUUGCUGGUGACUCACUAGAAUUUUAUCAUCAACACAAUUGCCUUUAGCUUGGAAUGAAAUGAAGGCAAAUGUGAUGAGUACAUUCAACGUAGAGUGAAACUGAGAUCAAAUGGUACAACAUUUUGUCAAAUACGAAGAAACGCGAAUUAAUGGUUUCGUAAGACGUACACGCGAUGCCUAUAAAAGGGGUACCGUUCGUUUCGAUACAAGUUUAUGCAGUUGAGGUGUAAAUAAUUUCACGUACUUGGGGUAAAGAACGAAUAAUAUUCACCCCAAAUGUUUUCGUCCACGCGCAAACUAUACUUGAAGUGGUAAAAGUGUUUGUGCAAUUUCAUUGCUUGAGUUCGUACCGACGUGGAAGCAUUAUGGGUUGUACAAGAAUAGAAUAAAAACCUUUGGACCCAGGCUAGAGGUUGAUAACCCUACAUGUCUACUGAGACUUCUGCCGUUAAACAAUUUUGGUUGAAAAACAAGGCUAUUUUUCCUAUUUCCGGUAUAAUAAGUGUGAACGUUUUGACGUUUUCUUUGAAGCCAUGUGGUUUUGUUGUUGUUGGUUUUUUUGUGGACAGGCACGCAGACGUAAUGAAGAAGAUUAUUCAAACUGUAGCCGAUGGUGGUGGAGAGCUUGGUGUUCAUAUGUAUCCUCUGAGUGAAAACUGUCGUCUGUUGUCUGAUAUUUAGAAUGUGUGAGGUAAAACCGAAGAUUAAACAUUGACGCACACGGGAGGGAGGAGGGUCGAUUAUCACGACCUUAUAAAACUCCCCAGUAGAAGUGUAAUGGAGGUUAUUUUGCCGUUGUCAGUGUUGUUCCGUGAAACUCGAAACGCGCCAAAGGGAAUGUCUUUAAGCUUUUUAUUCUCAUGAAACAGGCAUGAAAGUGCGAAUAAAUUUAAGUCGUCCAUCUGUCGUGCGAGGAUUUUCCCGAACAUUUCUGAGGAUAGUGGAGAAGGCCUUAUAGUUCACAGCACUCCCGGAGACCUGAUUUAUACGAUAACAACGGACACCCCACGCCGCCUAGAUAAAACUGUUUAAUCCACUUAAUUAAGCUUUUAUCACAGUGUUUUCCUUAACUUUUUUUUCCAGGUAUUUACUUAUCUUUCUCAAAUUUGUUCAAGCUGUUAUACCAACGAUAGAGUACGACUAUACAAGGCAUUUUACCAUGUGAGCCUUCACAAUGACCAUAAAGCGGUUUUCAUUUGAGUCUCCGACGCAUACUUUGGAUUUGUACUGCAAAAAAAAACCCCCAAAAAAUGGGACUUUCACAACCAAUAAGAAAGCAGAAGACGUUCGUUGUUAUCGAGCGCUUUUUCCCGGCUGUGGUCACUUUUUAACCUCGUUUCCCAGAUUCCUCUCCUACUUGGUCCCCGGAGCAAGAGAGAGAGGUGGGGCCGAGUAGGAGAGGACCUUGGGGACGAGGUUGGUCACUUUUGAGUGCUGACUAGCUGACUGUGAUUGGUUGAAAGUUUGCAUGAGCAACUUGUUUGGUCUUACGGAACUCAAAUGGAAACCGCGCCAAUAUAAUUUUCAAAUUUUAAGAUUAAAUUUUCUAGGGCGAUGAGAUUGUUACUAAUUGAAAGUGGGUGAAAGUCAAUGUAAGCUCAUGAGAAUUAACGGUCAGAGAGAAACGUAACCCCGACCAAAACCCAAGAAAAUGAAGACAAGAAGAUUUGAGAAAUAUUUUUAUUUCAUGUACUAUAAUUAGCAUUAAACUUAGAUCAAAUAUAAUAAAUUUUCAAGGUUUUCUUUGUCAGCGAUUAAGAAUAUUAAGUAUUCAUACGGUUAACGGAAGAAAGGUUUGCUAGAAUUAUUUCGUGUUACGUAAUCGAUGAACUUUGUCAACUUUGGUAAAUUUUUUUGGAAUAUGUUAAAAUUUUAGAUGUAUUUAAUUCCAGACGCGAAAAACAAUCCUUACAGUUUAAUAAAACAUGUUAAACCGAGGCAGUUUGUUCAGUGUUGUUCGCGGAAGAGUUGUCAAUACCUGUUCCUGUAGU